UCACACAGUUGCUCAUUUGCAGUCACACAAUGAGUUUUAAAAACAAAGUCGUCUUAGUUACUGGAGCAAGCUCCGGAAUCGGCGCAGCUACAGCCAUAGAAUUCACUAAAGAAGGCGCUAAAGUAGCCAUCGUCGGCAGAAAUGAAGAAAAAUUACAAACAGUUUCCGAUAAUUGUGAAAAACUUGGCUCCAAACCUCUGCUCAUUAUUGCAGACAUUGCUAACGAUGACGAAGCAAAACGCAUGGUACAAAAAGUCAUUGACGAAUACGGCCAGCUUGAUGUCUUAGUGAACAACGCCGGGCUAGCUAAAUACGGAUCAAUUUUAGACGGUAACAUCUUGGAAGCUUACGAUGAAACCAUCAAAAUAAACCUCCGAGCGCAUAUCAACGUUACAGCUUUAGCAACACCUCAUUUAAUUAAAACCAAAGGAAACAUAUUAAUAAACAUUUCGAGUGUCGGUGGAACAUUGGUGCCGAAACAAGCUUCUAAAACUCCGUACUAUAUUUCCAAAGCCGGUUUAAACCAUUUUACACGCUGUGCGGCUUUGGAACUAGCAAGCAAAGGUAUAAGAGUGAACACGGUGAGCCCAGGACCUGUUAAAACUGAUUUCCUAGUGAACAGUGGAGUUACGUCAUACAAAUUUGAAGACAUGGGGGUUAAUAUGCCGCUUCAGAGAGUAUCUGAUCCAAUAGAGAUUGCUCGUCUUAUUCUGUUUUUGGCCAGUGACAAGGCUGUUGGAAUUACUGGCUCGGAAUAUGUUGCUGACAACGGUUUUCUUUUAACAUAGAUGACGAUUAAUUAAUAAUUGUGAUGUUUAAUAAUAAAGUCUUCAAAAUGUAUUAU